CAUCGGACACCGGCGUUAAAAACAUCAUAGGUCCACACUCUGACAACAAUUAGGAUUAUCAUGCGUUUCAUAAACCAUGUGUUCACUCGAGUUGUUGUAUCUUAAACCUUUGAAAUGUCCGUCUUGCGACGAGCGGAGACUUGGGAGAUAUCUGAGUCUGAGGAGGAAACAGACGUCGAGACGAAACCCGAUUCAAAACUCAGCGACAGCGGUCGAACAACGACCACAGAGGCAGAGCAUCAUCCGAGUUCAAACCACAAACGCAAAACCCCGUCGGCAACGGGAAGCACAUCAGGCCAAACUUCUGCUCUGGCCCCUCCGCGGCCACACGGGUCCGUCGCCGCAAGUCCUGCGAGGAAACGCCGCACUCGGGAGGAAGUGGAGGCGGACAGACAGAGAGCCGGGGAGAGGAAGGAGGAGCGGGAGAGACAGAGAGCAGCCAAGGCCCGGGAGAAGGAGGAGCGGAGGCAGGAGCAGCAGCGGAGGAGAGAAGCUGCGGAGGAACUGAGGAGUGUGAGGCCGGAGAACUGCCUCAAGAGUCUGACUGUGCGCAUCGAUCCAGCUCUUCUGCAGCAGGAUGGCUCAGACAUCUUGCUUGACUCCCUGGCUGCCUUUGAGUGGAGGUUUAGCAUCGAGAGCCAGCAGCUUCCUCACAGCAUCACCUGGACCAGAGAUUUGCCUCAGUUUCAGCAGGGAGGAGGUGGCAUGGGUUCAGUGGAGGAGGAGCAAGUGGUGCUGCUGCUGGGUCUGACUGACUUCCUGGACAUGGUGAUCUGUGUGAAGAAAAUGCUCGACAGUGAGGGGGACGAGACAGGGAUGGGAUCUUUUCUCGGUCCUCUUUUUGAAGUGCUUAACCGUGAUGCCAAGAAGGAUGUGACUCUCUUAAUGACAGACUCUCAUCCAGGUCAAGGGACAAAUGUUUGUCACGUGCAGUGCGACCUGGGAAUGGGAAAUCUGAAUGUUGAGGAGGUUCUUGUUUACUUGCAGCUCUGCAAGAAUAUCUCAGUGGUUUUCCUGAAUGGCUGGCAGGAGGUCACUAACCAUGUGUGUGCUGUCACCAAGGCCUUAUCAAAACGCCCUUUCAAACUCCUGACCGAGCGAGUGGAGCUGCCCUUCUGUGUGGACGGGUCGUGGGCCAGCGGGGCUCGGGUAGAGAGGGAUGGCUCGGGACUAAUUCAGGUCUGGUGUAAACAGAUCCAGCAGCUGAACAGAGUUAGCCCUGCUGUUGCCUCCACUGUGACUGCAGCCUAUCCGUCCCCUCAGCUCCUGCUGCAGGCGUACCAGAGCUUGGGGUCAGAGGAGGAGAGGAAGGGGCUGCUGGCUGGUCUCUUGGUAAAAAGUGGAGGUAAGGAGAGACGUUUAGGACCAGAGAUGUCAGCCAGAGUUUACCGAUGCUUCACGGCUCAGAACCCGCAGCUGGUCCUCGACUAAUUUGUCCACUUGAGACUGAGAUGGAUGGACAUCAGACACUUUCUCACCACUUAGCUGCUAAUAUGUAAAUGUUUAUAAGCUAAAUACAUGCCUGAGAUAUCAUGUUCACUUAAGAACCUAUGCAGAUCAAGGAAUUAAAUAUGUUAAUAGAAUACUUUGUAAAAUAUAGAAUGAUACAAUGUGUAUUGAUUUAAUACAGUAUUUUGAUCAAUUAUGUAUAAAUGCAAGCUGACCUGUUGGAGGGACCUCGAAGAAAACUCCAUAUUUUUGUCUGUACAAAUGAGUAUAUAAAAAUGAGAUGCAACACGA